AUGAGAUUUCUUUUAUUACAAUUGUCGUUGGUUCUAAUCUACUUGACUGAAGUAAUUUCAACGGAGAUUGAAGAUCCUUAUCAUGCUUUGCGCAUAUCGCGAAAAGCAACUAUCAAGGAGAUCAAACAUGCUUACAAGGCGCUAGUUAGAGAGUGGCAUCCCGAUAAAAACGAUAAAUCGGACGCACAUGAAAAAUUUAUGGCGAUUACUCGUGCUUACGAGAUUUUGUCGGAUCCAUUGAAAAAAGAACGUUAUGAUAGAUUUGGUACAUUUGAUGAUCCAGUGUCUAAUCACGAUUACGCGCACCAUCCUUUCGAUGGUUUGUUUGGUUUCAAUUUUGGUGGAUUUGAUAAUGGCAAUUCGUUUUUCCAAAAACACCGUAUUUCUAUGCGGGUAUUUUCGCAUACUUUAUUGGGACGAAGUUAUUCUCAGCCUUUCAUUAUUUUUGCAUAUUCUGGUUAUUGUCAACUUUGUUUUCGUUUGGAAAUGAUUUGGAAAAGUAUCGUUGAAGAUCUUGAACCACUUGGUUAUGGCAUUGGAACUGUAAAUGCAGUAACAGAUAGUAAUUUAUUAGAAAAACUUCGAGUUUCGCGAUUGCCAUCUAUUGUAGUAAUUGUUGAAGGGCGUGUUAUUCAUUAUCGAGGCACCAUAUAUCCACUUUUUGCAAAAGCAGUUCGAGUGUUUGCUCGUGAUGUGAUCCCAAACGCUUUUCUUAUCAAAAUUUCUAAUCAUGAUGGGUUGCGACGUUUCAUUGACCAGUGGAAAACGUCGAAUAGAGUUUCUGUUGUAAUUUUUGGGAGCAGCAAAGAUCCUCGAAUGCGGUACAUGCUCACCGCAAUGAAAUAUUCAGCUUUCGCUCGAGUUGCUUAUGUUUAUUUAAGCGAUCAGAGUACUGAAAUUACAAAAAUGCGGAAAGCUUUAGAUAUCACUUGUGACAAAUGUGAAAAUGUUUUAAUUUUCAACGAUUUCCCUCAGGAAGGACCCGUUUCUCGUCUCUCUACCAUAAAUAAUGAACAAUUUUCAGUCAGCACUAUAGAAGCAUUGAUUGAGAAAAAUAAACACCUUGUUUUGCCAAGACUCUCGAGUCAGUAUUAUUUCGAUGAUCUUUGUCCUAUAUCAUUGAGAAAUAUGAGGAAUCUGUGUGUUGUGCUAAUAGAUUCCUCAUCAUCGAGUGAUGAUUCGUACCAUGUUACAUUGUUUCGUAAUUUUGUUCAUGAAUAUGGAAAUACUAUCAAGUAUAAAAGACUAAAAUUCGCAUAUGUUGAUGUAAACAAGCAGAAGGAAUUUUUUAUGACUUUGUUUGAUGGCUUGCCGCAGAAUGAACGAUUAUCUGCACAAGAAGACAAGAAGUUGGCUCUACUGAUUCUUUGGCGGUAUGACGUAAAGAAAAUUCGUUUUGCGUGGCUACGAACGCAUUUAAGAAAAGAGCCCUUCAGUGAUAAGCAACUUCAGUUAGAACUUGAUGCGCAUGUGGAAGGUACUGCUGAGUUAGAUUCAAAAGCAUCAAUCAAACCCUUGAUAAACGAGUACGAACCAUCACGGUUUACUCGUAUUUCACGUACUAUUGUUCGUAUGGUCGAAGCUGCUUGGUUUCAUUUGACUAAAGAAGAAGCAUUACCACUGUUGAGUGCAGUAGGAACAUUAGGAAUCAUUAUACUCAUUGGUUAUGGACUCAGUUGUGCAAGUACUUUAGAAGAAAAAUCUCGUAGUCAUGGACGGCAGCAAAAGAAAAAAGAUGGUAAACAAAGUCGUAAUGAUGACCUAUGGUAUCCUGAAGAUCCACAUUUCACUGCUGAAAUUAGCAAUAACCGAUCGCGAGUCAUCACAAAAGGGCAAAAAAUAAUGCGUGAUAUGGAAACAUUGAUGCGUGAGUUGAGAGCAGAAACAUACUUUGGGAUGAUCAGACUUCUUAAACCUGGCUGUCGAUCUAUCGUUGUGCUUCUUGAUCAGCAAUCAAAAGAUAUUUUAUUGCCACAAUUUGCUAAACAUGUUUGGCCGUUUCGAAACAACAAAACAUUCUCUUUUGGUUAUUUGAUGGUUGAAAAGAAUCUUCCUUGGUUCCGCAAACUUCUAGAACACACAUUGCCUACUGGAAUUAUUAAUGUAGAAACUGAAGUUUCUUCGAUGAACGAUCAUUUAAAAAAUAUCAACCCGCGUAAAACUCUGGGAACUGUUCUAGUACUUUGUGGUUGGAAAUUAUACUUUAGUAUCUAUCAUCCAAUGCAUACACCUUUAAACAAAAAUUUUCUGGGUUUUGAUGAUGGUGGAUACGAUCUCAGUAGCGAAGAUUCUGAUGUUGAUAAAGCAUCUCAUGAGGAGGUGCAGGCAUUACGUAGAGGACGAAAUUUGAAAGUGGAAGACGUACUAAAUGGUCUGCCGAACUGGUUGGAUCGUUUAGUGGAAGGUUCAGUUAAGCGGUACUAUAUACCUGAAUGGCCUGAUAAUCUUCGAUAA